AUGAACUACAUCAACUACAAGAACUACAGCAACUACAAGAACUACAGCAACUACAAGAACUACAGCAACUACAAGAACUACAGGAACUACAGGAACUACAGCAACUACAGCAGCUACAGGAACUACAGCAACUACAGCAGCUACAGGAAAUACAGCAACUACAGCAGCUACAGGAACUACAGCAACUACAGCAGCUGCAGAAACUACAGGAACUACAGCAACUACAGGAACUACAGCAACUACAGCAGCUACAGCAACUACAGAAACUACAAGAACUACAGCAACUACAAGAACUACAGCAACUACAAGAACUACAGCAACUACAAGAACUACAGGAACUACAGCAACUACAGCAACUACAAGAACUACAGCAACUACAAGAACUACAGGAACUAA